AUGGUGGGGGGGAAGAGGAGAGGAGGGAGGGAGAGGAGAGGAGAGAGAGGAGAGGAGAGGAGAGGACGAGGAGAGGAGAGGAGAGGAGAGGAGAGGAGAGGAGGUGAGAGGAGGUGAGAGGAGUUGAGAGGAGAGGAGAGGAGGUGAGAGGAGGUGAGAGGAGGGAGAGGAGGUGAGGAGAGGAGAGGAGAGGAGAGAGAAGGGGGAAGGGGAGGGGAGGGAGGGGAGGGGAGAGGGAGGAGGAGAGGAGGAGGAGAGGAGAGGAGAGGAGAGGAGAGGAGACUUCUCUUCUCUUCGUGCUUCUCUUCGCGGCUUAUCUUCUCUUAUCUUCUCUCUCUUUCUGGCAGAGGAGCGGGGAGGAUUAUUUUGCUGAUCUCUCUCUCUCUCUAACUGGUCAAGCCGAGGCUACCAGUUAGAUAGAGGUCUCUGGGUAAUUUAACAUGACACGGUAUAGGUGGAAUGACAACAGAUUGGAUGGUUGUAAUACAGAUUGUUGGGGCUGGUGAUAACAGGCCAGAUCUUGUUUUCAGAGCCAUCUGUUUCAUGUAGUGUCUCAUCUCUGUCAGUAUUAGUUAUCAUAACCUGAGAUGAGAUGAGAUGAGAUGGAUGAGAUGAGAUGAGAUUUGAUGAGAUGAGAUGAGAUUGAUGGAGAGAGAGAGGGAGACUGAGACUGCUAGAUCUGGCGAGAGCGAUGAGGAGAGAGAGAUGGAGAUGAGAUAGAGAGAGAUGCAGAGAGAUGACUACACUUCUCAUCUAGCCACUGAUACUAGCCAAACGUUUAGUAACCCGGCUAUCCCAGUGGGCUGCUCUAUCCAUCCCGGCUAUCCCAGUGGGCUGCUCUAUCCAUCCCGGCUAUCCCAGUGGGCUGCUCUAUCCAUCCCGGCUAUCCCAGUGGGCUGCUCUAUCCAUUCCGGCUAUCCCAGUGGGCUGCUCUAUCCAUUCACUUUCUUUGGAAUGUUCUUUCACUGCAAUGGUCUGACACUAUAUAUAUAUAUAUAUAUAUAUAUAUAUAUAUAUAUAUAUAUAUAAAUAAAAAAACAUGGAUGGAUGUUGUUCAUAAGUACUGUUGAUCAAUAUCUUUGUCAGCCUUCAGUUGUCAUGGUGAAUUCCCUUUUAUGCUCAUACUCACAGUUGUGUGAGUGAGUGGCUUCCAUGGUUGGCUGUGAACUCUCCGUGGCUAGCCACCCCCCAGACCGCCCGGGUUUGGGGGACCAUUCACCCCGACCUCCCCCCCUCUCAAUCUCUCCCUCCAGACUCUCUUCCCCCUGUGCUUUCAAAAGCUCCCUGUGUCACUGAUUAAAACAAACAGCAGCCCUAUUUUGGUAUCUAAUCCAAUAGUACUCUGUUUCUUCUCUUUGGCCCUGGAGCACGUAGGGUAUUAGGUAUCCAUGGGAUCCACAACCCCCCCCUAACCCUCCCCUCCGUGACUGAUCUUAGAUUUCAAACACUGGAGGACAUUACAUAUGGUAGGCAAAGAGUAAACAGGAUAUGUGCUAUGUCUUGGUUCUAUUCCCUAUAGCUCAGAAUGUUGAUAACAAAGUUGUGUGUGUGUAUGUGUUUCUCAUAGUUUGGUAUGAGGAUCAGAGGGUGAAAGUGAAGGUUUCUGGGGUUGACCCCAGUUAUUUGGGGGGUGAAGUGGGGUUGGAGAUAUAGACUAGGAGACUAGUGUUUAUUAUUAUAUUGAUGUCGGGCUCUGCCAGGUCAGGACUCCCUCUUUGACCUGUGGUGUCCAUGUGUCUGUCUCUCUCUCUCUCUCUCUCUCUCUCUCUCUCUCUCUCUCUCUCUCUCUCUCUACUAAUCUCACCAGGAGGCACACCAAAACUAUCUUCAAGGUUCAAUGAAAUUAUAUUUAUUUGUAUUUUCUUACCCGAGGAUUUUCCACAGUUUUGCCGUCCAGCUCUACAAUUCCAUCUUUACAGGCCCAUUUACAGCUAGCUGUCUCUGCCUCCAGCAGCAGCCCAUUUACAGCUAGCUGUCUCUGCCUCCAGCAGCAGCCCAUUUACAGCUAGCUGUCUCUGCCUCCAGCAGCAGCCCAUUUACAGCUAGCUGUCUCUGCCUCCAGCAGCAGCCCAUUUACAGCUAGCUGUCUCUGCCUCCAGCAGCAGCCCAUUUACAGCUAGCUGUCUCUGCCUCCAGCAGCAGAUCUGUGCUUGCCAGAUUGUGACUGGAGCAUUCUAGUUUUGAAGAUGAUCCCCGUGACAAAUCAAACAGGCGUUUCUGGCUAUAGGAGGAGAUUCAGAAAGAAUACAUGUAGAGAUUGGCUAUCAUCUGAACAUUUAUAGACAGCGAAUGGCAUCCUAUUCCCUACAUAGUUGACUUUUGACCUGAGUGACAUGGGGUCCACUCUUGUGCAUAACAUAAACGUAUAAAGUAUGUCACUGAAGAAAGGAAAAAAAACAACGAUGUGCAACUUUGAGAUAUGCCCGUUGUGGUGGGCGUUGCAGUGAGAAGUCAGACUAAGGAUGGUACGUUUUUUUCUGGUGAGGACUUUUAUUAGCAAAAGUGAAGAAUGAAUAGGCGCCAAAAAGUACUUGCAAUAUUUACAAAAUAAUAAACAAACUGGACAUAAAUCAACUAGUCAGACCUAACCCAGGCCUCAAUAAUGCCUGAUAGGGAUUUGCGUGAGCAGCAACACGUUUUGCCCAAACUUCCUGUCUGACCCAAACAGGAAAUGAGGGGUUAAAAUACCUUUUACCCAUAAUGCAUUUCACCAGAACAAGCUGGGUAGCAUUGCAUUAGAAUGGCUUGGAAACUGAAAAGUCAGCGAGAUUGUAAACAGGAGAUGGAUGACUGUUCCAAAAUGGCAGCGUCCAUGGAAUUGUUGCUUGAGUCUGAAAGUGCGGCAAGUGAAGUGUGUGACAAUGAAACGGAAAAUAGAGAAAUCAAAGAACGGAACAAAAUGAGUAUAAGUUGUAGUAGAAGACAAGGACCUGUCCCAUAAUGCAUUUCUUAUUGGACUGCGUUUUUUGGACAAGGAGGUUAAUUUGGGAAAUCCAUUUGUACUGGGAAGAGAGCAAUGGGGAAGGAGGAUUCAAUCAAGGUGACUAGAAGCGGCCUUGUUUCGGUUCAUUGUGUCGAUGAAGAACAGAAGAAACGUGCACUGGAUCUGGAAAAACUGUCCACGUCAGAAGUAACAUGUAUUGCUCUUCGGAGCAGGGCGCCUGCCAAAGGAGUUAUAGCCGGAGUCUCGUUGGAUAUAGAUGUUGAGUACCUUCGUCAGAAAAUCCCAGGAGUGGUCAGUGCACGUCGCCUGACCCGUACGGUAAAUGGAAGGAUGGAGAAAAGCCUGUCGAUAUUAUUGUUUGUUUGAGGAGACUCUGCCUGAAUAUGUGAAGCUUGGAUAUGUGAGGUAUGUGGUGAGAGCAUUUGUGUCCAAACCAUUACAGUGUGGGAACUGUAAAGGAUACUGUAACGUGUCAAAUGUUUGGAGACAGGAGAAGUAUGGUAUUGAAGAAUCAAUGAAUGGAAAAAGUUGCAGCUGUGGUGGGGAUCAUCCUCCGGACUUCCUUGAGUGCUCUGGAUCAGAUCUGUACAGCUGAUCUCCUAUGUGGAGGCGGUGAAGAGAGUGGGAAAGAGGCCACAGUGUUGAAGAUAUGGCGGUGGAUGCAUUGCAGUAGUGUAAAGUACUUAGGUAAAAAUACUUUUAAGUACUACUUAAGUAGUUUUUUUGGGGUAUCUGUACUUUACUUUACUAUUUAUAUUUUUGACAACUUUUACUUAUACUUCACUACAUUCCUAAAGAAAAUAAUGGCACUUUUUACUGCAUACAUUUUCCCUGACACCCAAAAGUACUCGUUACAUUUUGAAUGCUUAGCAGGACAGGAAAAUGGUCUAAUUCACACACUUAUCAAGAGAACAUCCCUGGUCAUCCCUACUGCCUCUGAUCUGGCAGACUCACUAAACACAAAUGCUUUGUUUGUAAAUUAUGUCUGAGUGUUGGAGUGUGCCCCUGGCUAUCAGUCAAUUUAAAAAAAGUCUGGUUUGCAUAAUAUAAGGAAUUUGAAAUUAUUAAUACUUUUACUUUUGAUACUUAAGUACAUUUUAGCAAUUCCAUUUACUUUUGAUACUUAAGUAUAUUUAAAACCAAAUACUUUUAGACUUACUUACUCAAGUAGUAUUUUACUGGGUGACUUUUACUUGAGUCAUUUUCUAUUAAGGUAUCUUUAUCCACCACUGGAUGCAUGGCAAACAGUUGCUAAUGUUUUAAGUCAAUCAACUGAUCUGGAUACACUCAUUGUGAAGAAGGUGGAUUUUGUAGCAUCUAUAGCCACAGUGAUUAAUUGUACAGCACAAGUGUCUUAAGAAGUCCAAGAAGCUGGACAUCAUGUGGUCCUCUGUAGCUCAGCUGGUAGAGCAUGGCGCUUGUAACGCCAAGGUAGUGGGUUCGAUCCCCGGGACCACCCAUACACAAAAAUGUAUGCACGCAUGACUGUAAGUCGCUUUGGAUAAAAGCGUCUGCUAAAUGGCAUAUUAUUAUAUAUUAUUAUCAUUAUAUCUGCAGCCGAUAUGUUUUUGGGGCUUCAAGACUUCACGGCAGAGGCACUGCAACCUCUAUUGUCGAAAUGUCCCGCCCUCACAGGAGGCUUCUGAGUCUGUAUGCGCCUGAUUCGAAUGUGUGUGUUUUUUUACAGAAAAGCAGGAUGAUUUUGUUUAGUUUGUCCCCUGUAGCUCAGUUGGUAGAGCAUGGCGUUUGCAACGCCAGGGUUGUGGGUUUGUUUCCCACGGGAGGCCUGUAUGAAAAAUUUAUGCACUCACUAACUGUAAGUCGCUCUGGAUAAGAGCGUCUGCUAAAUGACUAAAAUGUAGUUUAAAAUAAAUGUUUUUUUUGUUUUUUUUGUAACAUUAUUUCCUUUUUUUGGGAUCCUUAUUAUCGACCCGCACAGUAGGUGGCGGAAUGCACAUCCAAUUGUUUGCGAACGCCAUUAUACCAUAGAAGAAGAUGAAGCUGCAUUUCACCAUGGAACAUAUUAAUUCAAUGUUAUCCAAUUAUCCUCCCCCCCGGGGACAAUCAACAGGUUGGCGUGAACCACAACACAGUUUAAACAUGGCGCUCUCAAACUCACCUCCAUUUACCUGUCGCCAUCUCCAAACAAGAAACACAAAGACCCCCUCUAAUUACAAGGACAAACAAAGCUAAUGUUUUGUUUAUUUAGCUUAACUUUAGUGUUCAUUCUUAAACAUGAUCACUUGAAUGGAAAGAGUAGUUUGGAGCUGUAAACAAAAGGUUUGGCAACAAACUAAACCAAAUGAAUCGGCAUUGCCUCAUAUACAUUUAAUUUCCUUUUCACGGGCGAACAACUAUCGAAAUGGCAGAGAACGUUGCUACAAUUGUCAAAACGUCUUCCACGGUAAAACAGUUUCAAUCAGUGACUCAUUGGACCUUGUUAACGUUAAGAGAUCAGCUCUGUGCAACAAUUUACAAUUAAACAUAGAUGAAAGGAAAGCAUGGGUCAAAUGUCAAUUUAAGUGCGGCUACAGAAGGACAUAAGCUACAUACAAAUACGCUACACAUAUAGGCUGUGAAAUACCUAUAAAGUGUGACAGCACCAUCUAGUGGUGAUGUAAGUAGCUACAUCCUCCAAAUGGAAACGCCUAGUGUAAAACUAAAGCAACGAUGCUACGUAUUCUAAAUGAAAAGGGUUCUUUGUUUUAGGUCAGCAGUGAGUUGGGUACUACAGAACUAUCAUUUGCCCUCUCUGAGAAAAGCACACAGAUUAACAAUUUAUAUGUAUAAGAAUCCAUUGGUGAACUGUCAAUGAAUGGAAAAUGUAAUUGAUCUGUACUGUGUAGGCGCUAGGAAGUAUGUGAAAUAUAGCCCAUUACCUUUACCCUCUUAUAAUGAUCAUCUAUUUUCUCCACUGUCAGGCCGAAAGCCAGGAGUCUCUAUUAUGGGGGAACUUCAAUGGACGAAAGGAGAGUACUGGUCCUAAAAUAUACGACUGGAAUAAUUCCUUCUAAUGGCCAGAGCCGUGCUAGUUCAGAGAUAAAGGGUGUGUGUGUGUGUGUGUGUGUGUGUGUGAAAGAGUCUGUAUAAUCCCCAAAACUGUAUGUCAAACCCUCCAGACCACAGUGUUUUAUGGCCAUACCACUUCACUAUGCAGAGUGGAAGUAGAGUUGUUUAUGGUUUAAGUAACAGCACACUGGCUUUGGUUGUUAAGACUGAGUUUAAUGCAAAGAUGACUGCUUCCCCAACGUCUGGCACCUUGGAGGAAUAACUUACAUUUAUUUGAACUGUCUUAGUGAGAGGAAGUAGGGUGUUGCUGAGAAGGUUAAAUAGUACAGCUCUGGUUUAGAAUCAUAGUUUUACUGUCUUCAAGGAGCUGUGGUUUUAGAAUAAUCCUCCUGAUAUACCCUUAUCAACCCAUCCUCCUGAUAUGCCCUUAUCAACCCAUCCUCCUGAUAUGCCCUUAUCAACAUAUCCUCUUGAUAUGUCCUUAUCAACCCAUCCUCCUGAUAUGCCCUUAUCAACCCAUCCUCCUGAUAUGUCCUUAUCAACCCAUCCUCCUGAUAUGUCCUUAUCAACCCAUCCUCCUAAUAUGCCCUUAUCAACCCAUCCUCCUGAUAUGCCCUUAUCAACCCAUCCUCCUGUGA